UAUUGGCAUAUUAGCAUCACUAACAAACGGCGGACUAAACGAAUAACUUAAUAACAGAAAAAUAGAUUAGACCAGACAGCGCAUAGUUACAUUUGUGGUCACAGUUCAAACAAAAUCUCUCUCUCUCUCUCUCUUCCUCUCGAUUUUUUUGUACACAUUAUGGCCCUCCAUUAAUAAAAACUGUAUGAGUUAUAUUUAUUCUUCGUUAUUCUCCUUCCCUUUUCAUUAAGUUGUUUGCUACUGAUAACAAUACUGCAACGAUCCGUUUCGUGUUACAUAAGAUAUUUGGGCGCGAUUAUAAAGAGCGUCGAUCGACAGUUGGCAGAGUAAAAUAAUCGAGAGUGCGAGUUUAUAAAAAAAUUUCAAAAUUUUUGUGAGUUCGUCCGCGAAAACAAGGUUUUAUAUUCACUAUAACUUACAUUCAUUAUCAUCGCUAUGACGAACAAGUGCGACAUCACGCAUUACGCUUGGCAAGAACUAACAAGCGAGGAUAAAAAAUAUGCAGCAAUACAUUUGAACGAGACCAAUGAGACUAGAAAGAAUGCCAUCGCAGAGAUUAAACGAUGGAUUAAAGAAAAUGACAACUUGCCCGAACAAAUUGAUAAUUUUCUCAUUUUACAAUUUUUGAGAGUCGACAAAUUUGAUCUCGAAAAAACUAAAUACAGAAUCCGAAACUAUUAUAAGCAUCGGUCCAAUGUACCGGAAUGGUAUAGCAGUAAGGAUCCGUUUCAACGGGAACUGCAAGUGAUACUUAAUCUGGGAAUAUUUUUGCCCUUGCGAAAGCAGGAUAGUCAAGGAAGAACGGUUUACCUUGUGCGCGCAGCUCGGCAUGACCCGAGAAUACACAAAAUAUCAAAUCUAGCUAAGAUCUGUGCAAUGGCGUUAGAUGCUUCGAUGAAAUAUAAUGUCGCAGGAUCUGUAUAUGGUUAUACAUGGUACGUAGAUGUAUCCAAUGUAACUACAGGCCAUAUUUUUCAAUUGACACCGUCUACGUUAAAAAAUUUGGUCGAUACAUGGCAAAAAUGUUACCCGCUAAGAUAUCAGAAGAUUGUUCUUUUCAACGUACCAACAAUCUUUUAUAUUGUUGUGAGGAUUCUCAGAUCUUUCAUGACACAAAAGUUAAAAAACAGAUUUUACGUCUACUCCCAUCAGAACUGUUUUGAAGAGAUUCCAACUGAUGGCUUGCCUGUCGAAUAUGGCAGUACCGGUGAAACAAUUCAGGAGUUAACAGAAUUUUGGAAAAAAUUUAUCGAGGAUAAUCGCGACUGGCUUACGAAGGAUGAGAAUAAUCAAACUAUCCAGACAACCGAACCUACAGAGGAUUUUUAGCAUAUUUAUAAUUUUCUGACUACUUAGGACAAUAAAUGAUCAAAGCAUUAAAACGAACAAUCAUUUGCUAACAGUGUUUAAAAACUCUAAGAAUCAGUCAUUGGAUUCUAAAAUGUACAAUGAAAUACUAGUUUAUGCACUUUAUACUGUUUACCUAGCACUAAGAACUUAAAGAUUAUGUUUUUAAUAAUAUUUUAACGUAACGUAAUAUGUUCGGAAUAAAUUUGGAGACAAGAUAGGGUACGAGAAACAAAAAAGUGUUUUGUACCCUAUCGUGUAAUAAAUGUGUAAUAAAUAAUUAUUUUAAGUUAUGGUUUAUUAUGAUACAAUGAUUACAGAUAAAUAUAUAUGCUUGUUAUAAAUGUAAUUAAAUAUGUUUAUUAUUAUAAUUGUAAGAUGUGCAAUAAAAAAUUAUGUCUGUAA